UGUUUGUAGAUUAUUUUUAUGGGAAAAUAUUUUAUCCUCCCAAAGGCAGACUGCUACUCUAAUAAGGCCUUUGCAUGUUUGGGCAUCUUAGGGGCAUUUUUUUUUUUUUGAAACUGGUUGAAUGGUUAAAUAGAAAGAAAAAUUACAGAACCACAUGGAGUUUUAAAAUGGCAGCCCACAAAUUGGGUGCUCAGAGAGUACAAGGGGGGAGGGUAUUAUAAAAACACAACAGAAGAAAGAGUUAGAGAUAACAAUUUUAAGAAAAAGUCCAAAGGGGUCGACAAACGUAAUUUUAGCUUUCCCUUUUCUCAACUAUUCUUUUUUCCUUUAUUUUAUUUUUUUUUUCGUUUUUUUAUUUCCGUUUUUUCCUAUUACAUCCUUGGGUAGGGGAGGAGCGGCAUGUUUUAGCCCAAAUUUGGCAUGCACAUUCUCUUGGAUUCACUGAAGAAACCCAUGAAGAAAUUUUUCAGAAAAGAAGCACUGAAAAAUGGUUUUUUUUAGCUCAGUGAGUGCAGGCUGUCUCUAUUUCAUGGGCUAAUCUUUCCCUUUAAGAACCCAAAACCAUUGUUAUUUUUUUUUUGUUUUAAAUUUUUCAUCUUAUUGUCAUGCAAUGUACAAAAGAUAGGGCCAUACCAAUCCCCCUAGGGCUUCAAUCUGACGCCAUUUUCUUUCCUAAAUUGGAUGGCCUGCGUUCAUUAUUUCCUCUCUCCUUAAAUAAAAUUUUCCUCUUUUUUCAAAAUUUUCAAUUUUCACUGUCAAUUUGUAUGGCCAUAUUGGGGUCGAAACAAAUGCCCAUAAGGCCUCUCAAAAAGAGGAUUUGGGCACUUUAGCAGUUCGCCACAGAUUUUUUCCCAUUUGUAGUUGAUUUAUAGCAUGGUAUGUGAACCUGCAACGUGGGCUGUAUGUCUAAAAUUCUUUAGUUCUGUGUCAUUUCCUAUGGUGUCGUCAAAUUUUUUAUGUUGCAAUUGUUUCCAUUUUUUUUUCAUUUCCAAUAUGAAAUAGUAUAAUAGAAGUGCUACUCUUGCGUGUGUGGACAUAAUUAUCAUAAUCAAGUUUAGAUUAUGAUUUUUGCAGAAGAGAAGGAACCAUUGGUUGAACAGAUUCAGUACCCAAUUGAUGAUCUCUUGGUGAAGCCAGGUGACGAUGAUCCUGUAUUUACCCAGCGUCCUGUACCAGUUAUGAAUUUCCUUGUGCCAAUGGAUUGUGUUGGGGAUCUUUUAAUGGCUUGGGAUUUCUUCUCUUCAUUUAGCCAUGUUCUACGCUUGUUCCAAUUCUCUCUUGAUGACUUCGAAAAUGCGGCAGUGUACAAAGAGAGUGAUUCAGACCUCAUUGUAGAGGCUCAUUCUGCCAUUUUACACUUGCUCAUUAAAGAUGAAAGUGAGUACCAUACUUCUAUACAGGAAAAGAAGAGGGACUUAAAGGUAACCAUUUUUACCUUCCUAUUUACACUUGAAUACAGAGGCCCUACAAGAAUGGAAACUGUUUCUGCCUUUUCGGGUCAAUUGACAAAAAUUAGGGAUGGUUAUCACUUUAUGCUUGAUGUCAUGGUCAAAUUAAACAUCCUUUCUGAAUUGGUUUAUUGGGCUCUUAUGACGGAGGCAAUCAGAGGGCAAUUGGAUGAGUAUAUUGAGCAAUGUCAGGCUAUUAUGUUGACUAAACGGGAGGAAGAACUGGAGGACUUAACGAAGAGAAAAGAAGGGCAACAGCAGCAGAAAGUAGCAAGCUUGACCAAGGGCAGUGAUGCCGCCGUGCGUGUAAGACGCCAUUUGUGCAAGUGAUACCGUCGUGUGUGCAAGGGAUGCUGCCGUGCGUACAAGUGAUACCGCCUUGUGUGCAAGGGAUGCCGCCGUGCGUGCAAGUGAUACUGCCGUGUGUGCAAGGGAUGCCUCCGUGCGUGCAAGUGAUACCGCCGUGUACGGCAAGGGGACAAGAGGCGGGGCUGUGACAGACACUAAUUCCAGGAAAAAUGGGGAUAUCAAAGAGGUUCUGCAACCUGGGAAAUACUCAUUGCAGGAAGUAAUGCCUCUUGAAAAUGGGUGAGUACUCUUUGUUGGGUUGAAAAUGGUCAUGCCUUCUUUUUAAACAUGGGAUUGGGUAUAUCAUUGUAUUCAUAUAAGCAUUGAAUGCAUUGAAGAUGCUUGUAACAUGGCAUCUAAUGGUUGAGAUGUGGAACCCUAUAGUUAUGAGCUACAGUGCUUGGACCCACAUGUACUCUUACACGGUUACAGCCAGACAUAUACAUCUGUACUGUCAGGAUGAUACUGCACUUGAUGUGCAUACGACUCUCUUCUUCUGGGCUGUCCAUCUGAAUCUGGGAGCCCAUCAGUGACAUUCUACUAUUUGCCUUUCUGUGAAUGCCUUGAAGUAAUUUCUGAUUGAACUUGAAACUUGAGAGAGUAUAAUGGUGUCAGUGAGAAGAAAUGAUGAUCGGAGUGCUACAUGAACUAGUUUUGAUAUCAAGAUGGGGCAAUUAGCAAACCUUUGAUGAGAGCAAUACAACAUGAGAAGUAAGCUAUUACUAAUUAAUGUUGACUAUCUACCUAAAAAGAUUAGAAAAUAACACAAUAUAGACUCCAUAAAUGCACGUUGUGGCUUGAAAAUGCAACUCAUAAAGGUGAACACUUCAUGCUUAUUGCUUUAUCUGAUUGGUUGUGGAACUCUUCGAUUUUUGUAAAGUUCAUGAAGUGAUUACAGCUCCCUCUCACUCUCUCUCUUUCUUUCUCUCAGACACACACACACUAUACUAUGUAUUAUGAGAAAAGGUUCGGCACAUUAAUUUGCAAAUGAUCACACUUUCUUAUCUUGCCCAGUUGCUUGCUUGAAAUUGAUCCAGAGUUUUCAGAUAAUUAUGAACCGUUGGAACUCAAUAACAUUUUAUGUGUUCCUUUAUGCUUUUUCACGGAGGGAACAAACAGGCCACUUUGUUGUCAAGAAGGACAAUAAUGAAACAGAAAUUAGAUGCACAAAUGCAUGAAGCAAGACAAAAAAAAAGGAUACAGAUGGAGGAGCGUAAGAGGCUGUGUGACAAAGGAAAGCAGGCAAGAGAAAAGAAACUGAAGGAGCAGAGGCAAGAGCACUUUAAUCGAGAAAUAGAGAAACAAAUCAUAAGAACCAGUGUGUUAGGCAAGGACAGAGAUGGGAGGCUGUUCGUUGAGAGUGCGGAUCACAACCAUUGGGUUUUUAUUCUUCCAAGGACGAGUUAGAUGGAUUAUUGCUAUCCUUGAAUCCAAAGGGUGAGAAGGAAAGGGCUCUAAAAGGACAGGUUGAGAAACAUUAUAACAGGCUAUGUGCUGGAAUCCAGAAGAGAUCCAAGGAGAUUGCUCAGCGCAAUAUCAUGGACACUGCUGUUUUACGUCGCUCAAUUCGUGUUCACGGGCCUCGAAAAUGUGGUGCAACACUGCCCUUUCUUAACUAUGUCAACAAGCUCAGAACUGACCGCUGAUGAGGAACAUCUCAGAUAUAAGAAGUGAGGUCUCCACAAUGAUUAUCCCAUGACUUAAGAACUAAAGCUUCUCUUUUGUGCAUACAUCAUCCAUCAAUGGUAUUUCAUCCAUAUUUACCCAAACAAAAAAAAAGGAUGUUUCAUCCAAACCUGAAUUCAUUUUCUUUUUUGUUUUCUUUUGCGGAAGUUUCUUUUAAAGUGGACAGGUACACAUUUGCCAUGUCUGCUAACAUGUCGUCCUUGAUCUCCACAAUGUUCCCAUGUAGUCAUUCUAUCUCAUUCUGCCACAUCAAACCUUGAUUUGGUGCAUUUGUUCCACAUUCUCAUGGCUAAAGUACAGUUACAAACUCAUAUCUGAAGUCUUCUUAUCUUUGUUGACAAAAGUUUUGUUCUGAGUUGGGCUUUGGCUAAGCAUCUCAGCCUAUAAACCUUGUCAAGUCAAAACAUUGUAAUUUUGUUUGGCUCAAGUUAAGUAGAGCCCAGAUAUAUUGAAGCUUGUCAGAAUCUUUGGAA